AUGUCCGCGAAGCUCGCGUCGAAGCUCGCGGAGCAGUCCGCGCUUCGAGACGCGGACGAGAAGGCGCUGGCGGAAGCCAACGAGAAGACGAAAAAGGCGGAGAGCGAGGCGCGUUCUGUUCUCCUCACACUGGUCCCCAUACGACCGCGUCGGCGUGGUGAACGCCGUUCCUUGAGGACUUCGCUCCCCGGCGGCGUCUCUCUCCGCCCAGGGUCCUUCGCUCACAAUCCCGACACCCCUCGACGCCUUUCAACUCCGCUUCUGACGCCUUUCAACUCCACCCCGAUAUCAUCGCUCGUACGGACCCUCGACCCCAAGGCGAAGACGCUGCGCGGCGCGGUGGAGGAUCUGAAGCAGCAGGUGGCCGCGCACGCCAAGAAGAAGCAGGAGCUCGUGGAGGCGACCAAGACGCUCGAGGCGAUCGAGACGAGACUUCUCGCGUCGGAGCGCGCGCGCGACGACGCGCUCGCGAGAGCGGAGACGGCGACGAAGGCUGCCGACGCGUCGGCGGCGCGUUUGGCGACGCUCCAACGCGAGCUCGAAUCGCUCCGGAGGGACCUCGACGCCGCGCGAAGCGUCGGCGGCGCGGCGUCCGCGGCGGCGGCGAGAGAGACCGAGGCGCUCGCGAGGGCGACGGACGCGCGCGACGCCAUGACGCGCGAGAGGGACGAGGCGAUCGCGCGAACGCGCGAGCUCGAGGGCGCGAUCCGCGAGAGGGACGACGCGACCGCCGCGCUCGCGGAGACGCGGGGGGAGCUGGACGACGCGCGGCGAUCGCUCGCGGCGGCGGCGAAUCAGGCGGCGGCGCUCGCGGACGCGACGCGCGCGAGGGAUAAGGCGGAGAGCGAGCUGCUUCAGGCUGCGAAACUCGCCGCGGAGACGGAGAAGCGGUUGCGGAGAGCCGAGGAGGUGGCGUCUUCCGCCAAGGCGGAGCUUCGCGACGCGGAGACGGCGGCGGCGAGGGUCGCUGAGAGUCUCGAGAAGGACCUUCUCGACAAGAGUCGCGCGCGGGAACGCGCGCUCGAGACGCGCGCGGCCGCGCUCGAGACGGCGUCGAACGACGCGAGAGCGGCCGCGGCGGAGAGCGCGGCGGCGUUGGAUAAGGCGCUGGAGGAGAAAACGGCCGCGGAGGAGACGUUACGGUCCAAGCGACGCGGCGACGACGCGAUGCUCGCGCGGCUCGCCGCCGCGGAGACGGAGCUCGAGAAGACGAAGAGCGAGCUCGCGGCGACGCGAACCUCCGCGGCGUCCGAGUCGAGCACCGCGACGAAGGAGGAGUACGCGAACAAGAUUGCGUCGCUGCUCGUGCAAGCGACCGAGGCGGAGCGCGCGAGGGACGAGAUGACGGCGGCGGUGGAUAAGGAGCGACGACGCUUCGAGGAGGGCAGGCGAAGAGCGCGGGAGAUGCUGGAAGAGAAGGACCGCGCGAUCGACGCGCUGCGCUCGCGAAGCGCCGCGGCGGCGACGUCGACGCCGUCGCCGUCGCGCGACGACGACCCGUUUUUCGGCGACGGCAUCACUCCGACGGCAUCGGCAUCCCUCCCGGGAACGACAACGUCCGCGGCGACGGCCGGCGUCGGGGCGUCUUCCGCGAGCAGCAGCGCGUCCGAGGGCGGCGCCGGCGCGAAAGUCGUCGCGACGGCGACGGCGACGGCGUUCGACGACGCGCGCGCGGAAUACGCGCGGAACGUCGUCAAGAAGUACCUCGUCACCGACAACUGGCUCGCGCAGGACGCGCUCGUGCCGGUGAUGACGCGGGUUCUCGGAUUUUCCGAGACGGACAUCGCGGAGAUCACGAGACGACGCGUCGCGAUGACGCCGAUCGACGCGCAGCUCGCCGCCGCGUUGGACGCGGGGUUCGGCGUCAUCGACGCGGCGAGCGCGUCGUUGCGCGUGAGCGUCGGCGUCGGCGGUCGCGCGGCGGCGGUCGCGGCGCCCGCGGCGGCGGCGCCCGCGGCGGCGCCGCAGGUUGGGAGUUUAGCCCCCGGGUUGAGCGAGAACCAAGGAGGGGGGAGGUAG